GCAUGCUUUAGUGAGAACGUAUCAAGCUGGAGCAAGCUACAAGGAAAAGGCAGACAGAUAAAAUUAACACAUGGAGUUUGUGAUGAGAGCAGAAUUUUUUAUCUUAUCAAUAUAGUUUUUAAGGUCCCUUAGGAAAUAAUUAAAUGUUGCUUUAAAGGAUUAUACAUUACAUAACUAUGUACAGCUGUAAUAACCAACGCCAGACACCAGUCAAGUGAUCAGAUUUUGUGCACUGGGGAGAUGCUGUGAUAUAUCACUAUUUGAGUCCUUUGUGAUGUUUCUGCACCAUUUCAACAGAGAAAAACUACAGCAAGAUACACCAUUUUGCUUUUUGUGUUCAGUAGGGAAAGUAUUUUGUGGACUAGGCAGGGCUGGUACGUAUGAAUGUCUCUGGUUUUUAGUAAAAUUAUCAACUUUUUUCAGCUACACCCCCCAUUACAAGAAAUGGUUACAUGGGCACAGCCUAAUGAAAUCAACAGGAGGAUUUUCCUUUCAAAACUGAUUCUAUGCUGCACAGUCUUACACCGCUGGCCAGAAACCAAGAACAUAACAUAGAACAAAGUAAGAGGAUUAAGGCAAAAUUCCAGGUUUAUAAGGAAAGAAGCAUGAAGAAGAAAUGCUCUAAGAUGUCUGAUGAGGAAGGCAGUCUUUGCUGUUGUGAAUACAUUAACCAUCAUGGAGAGAAAGCACACAUACUGGCCAGUUGCUGUGACUGUGAGGAUCUGGAUGAGGCCUGUGACAGGUGUUUGAAAGGUAAAUCCAUCAGUUCACAGAGUAUCGAGCGAGUGUCAGCCACUAUUUCCGAUCGCCUGCGGAUCCCGUGGUUGUUGGGCACUGGGGCCAAGAAGAUCGAUAUCACAAUUUUACCGCCCCUCGUUUUCCUUCCAAUCUUCCUUCAUAUUGCAGCCCUUCAUUUCUUCUUGGCCUUCACCAUUUUGACAUCCUUGCCGAUAUUGGUGAUCUGGUACUAUUAUGUCACUCACCAGAAGAAAGGGCGCACACUAUUUUUUCUAAGUCUAGGCCUAUUUUCUCUGGGCUACAUGUACUAUCUAUUUCUGACUGAAAUAAUGCCCAGAGGAACCAUAAGCUCCGUGCAAGUGAUUCUGCUCACAACUAGUUUGGUCCUAACACUAGUCAGUGUAGCACAAACGAAGAAGGACCCAGGCUACCUGAGAACGGACAAUAGAAACACUCCAAUCAAAGAUGCCCAGAAAAAUAGCAUUUCAUCAUGUACUACGAAUGGCAAAUGUGAAAUACAGCCUGUGGGCUGGGACGCAUCCACAACAUUAAAUCAUUCCACUCUUAAUGGCAAAAUACAAAUGGAUCAAAAUGAAUUCCAAAAGGACUGGUGUAAAGUUUGCAAGAUUUUAAGACCACCACGCUCAGGACAUUGUCGAAUAUGUGCAAACUGCGUACAAAGGCUGGACCACCACUGCAUUUGGAUUAACAAUUGUGUAGGUCAAGGCAAUCACCGUGCAUUUAUUCUGACCCUAUUUCUUUUCCUCCUCACCUCACUGUAUGGAAUUAGUCUGACACUGAGCACUAUAUGCAGGGGACAAAGCAUUUUCAUGGCUUUAUUUUAUUGUCCUGGAGUCUACAAAGAACACAGCACUGCACUAUCAUUUACCUGUGCCUGGUAUUGCGCAAUAGUCACUGCAGGAAUGGGUUAUCUAUUUCUCAUUCAGCUCAUCAACAUCAGUUACAACAUCACAGAGCGAGAAACUCGCUUUGCUUUGAGAGACAAAACUGGAGACAAAUAUCUCUGUGGCCUAAUCAUAAAAACUGAUGAGUACAACCGAGGGCUCCUUAACAACUGGAAAGAAUUCCUUCGACUUCAGCCUCAUCCUCGGAAGCCGGGAAUUGAAGAUUUAGUAUAAUAUUUAUAAAUUAUUUUAAUCGUUGUUGAGUCAUAGAUACACACAUAUGACCUAAUGUGCCCAAUGUUUUUUUAAUCUAUCAGAAUUGAUGGCAUUUGAAAUAAAUCAAUAAAAAAAUGAGAAAUUAAGAGUUUUGAGCAUUUUUAGAAGCACAUUUCUACUGGGAGGUGUUUGAUUUCAAUGUGUAUGAUUUUGUUAUCCACAAAUUCUCUAUUUUUCAAUAUUGAUCUAACUUUGACUGGCUAUUUGAUGAGCUGCAUUUUUUAAACAGGGGUGGAUACCCAGCAGGAAUUUACAUGAGGGCAAAACGCUUGUUGCUGUUAUGACUUUAGGAUGAUGCAUGGGAGAAAAAUGUUUUUUUUCUGUAAGUAAUAUGUUUACGGAUAAAAUAUGGGCAUUGGUGAAACGAAAUAUGGAUUUAAAAAACAUAUUUGUUGUCAGAAUGUGAUCGUGGCUGGCAAGGUGAGCAUUUGUCACCCAUCCCAAACUACCUUAGAUUGUGGAGAAAGGGAAGAGUUGAUCACAUGGAUAGAACUGGAUUAACAUCAGCCAAACUGAGCAACCUUCCCUGAUUAACAUUAUGUGAAUCAAAUCGAAUUGUGGUCACUGACCAAAUUUUCCCUGAAUAACAUUAAGUGAAUCAAAAGUUUCAUAAUAAUCUGGUAAUUUCAUGACAACAGCAGCUAUUUAUUUAAUUAAUUAUAUACAUUUUCCAGCCACCAGGCUAGGAUUCAAAUUUGUGUCUGGCUCUAAGGUCAAGAACGCUAGUUGCAAGUCCUGUUAAUUAUCUGCAGCAUCCCUCUUUGCAAUUGAGCAUUUAUCUUCCACUGAUUUAUUCUUAACAAGUACAUGGUGUGCAAACUGGCAUGAAUGCAGCCUUGUGUUUACUGUGUCAACGGAGUUGUUGGUCUUGAUUUAGUAGAAACCAAGUUGGUUACUCUGCAAGGCCUGCUUCAUCUGCAGAAGCGCAUGUGGUCAGCUCAGCUGCACAACACGCACGAUUCGAAUAUGCAGACUAUACUACUUAUGCUAUGAUUUCAUUUUGUGUGGUUAGGUAAAUGAACAGAACACUCCUCCUGGAAAUAUGAAAUAAAAGAAUUUCAGAUUAGGCAGCAUUCGUGGGGAAAGCAAAAGAAAACGUUGGAAUUUGACAAACCUGAAAUGUUAACUGUGCUUCUCUUUUGAACGAUGCUCCCUGAACAGCUGAAUAUUACUAGCAUUUUCUACUAGUUAUUAUAUUAUCAAUACUGAAUUUAUAUCAAUAUUUGCAUUAAAAAAGAAAGAUUAGUUUCUCUAUUUUUACGGUCACAGGAAAAAAUAGUCAUUUGCCAUGAAGUAAUUUGUACCAUCAAAAGGGAGUUUGGGUAUAUUAUAAAUGUCAUUGAAUGCUACACUUCCUGAAUCUUCCAUACUUUGAUACUUAAUAUUUGAGCCAUAGCAUCAGAUAUUUAAAUAGUGGCUACUCUCGUUUUUUUUUUUUUGCUGGCCCUGACCAUAAAAUAAGAACCAAUUCUAUGUAGCUUAAAAGGGUACAGUUUAAAAGGAGAAGUACAACAUGCUUAUUGUGCAGCUAUAUUGUAGAAAUGGUUGGAGGUUUCCAUGACAACUUUAUGCAUAGUGGCAUAAUCGAAUUGUGGUCACUAACCAAAUGUUAGUUAAAAUUCUGUUUUGCAAAAACAGUAUUCCAAUAAUAAGGCCCUUUAAUGCUUGUAGAAUCUCAGACCUGAGUAGUUUAAAAUAUUAUAGAGUUCGUGAAUAGGUAAUUGUUAUUUCAAGCUUUUCUGACAUUCUAAAUGUUAACUACCAUUUAUCCUGUAUGCGUUGCUCCCCUUCCUUAUACACUUUGUGUCUUCCUGGCAGUGAUAUCUGAAACUAUCUAUUAUGACUUAAAGCACAGGACUAAAGCCCAAAAAAGACUCUGCCACAACAAAAAGUCAAACAGUAUGACAAUUCACACUGCAAUCUAUUUUUUUUCCCCUCAAGGUUUGCAAUGUUUUCCAGUAUGCUAUAAAUACCUCUCCAUUGAGAAUUAGUGCAAGUGAUGGAAGAGUAUUGCAGUGGUGCAAUUCUAAAACAAGUUUGUGAUUGCAAAAAUCUAAGUACAUUUAAUGGCCAAAAAGCUGCAGUGGUGGACUAAACAAUAUUGCCGAAUUGAAUAUGGUAGUUGAUCUACAUAAUAACUCACACCUAAAUUAAAAAUUGCAUUCCAACUAGUUUAUUUAAAAAUGCAGUGUUAUCAUUCGUUUAGAAAUGGGUUAAAAUAUGCAUUUUAUUUAAUUGUAUUUAUCUUUGUGCGAUGACUAAGUGUACCUCACAUGAGCCAUUUCAUGUGCAUGUAAAACAAAUUGAGAAUGGACUUGGGUGGUAUUUGUGGCAAGUCAUUAUAUAGUUGUUUUGAGAUCCUUGGAAAUUUGGAGUGAUUUCAACAGAAUUUCACAAAGGGCUAUGUAGUCAUAUUUGCACUGUGAUUUGUAUGUAAGUACAUUUUGUAAAGAAUUGUGAAUUUAUUUCUGUGCAAAACGCCUUGUAGAUCUGAUCAUUUGAAGUGCAGAAAAGAAAAGCUGACUUAAUGGUUGUUAAUCUUUUAAAUUGAAUUUAUAAAUGUGCAUAAUUCUCAUCCUUGACUUUAUUUUGCCCGUUGUAUUGUAUUUUAAUGUUGUUUGAACCAUCCUAGCAAUAUCAAAUAUGUAGUCUCAUGAAGAGUCCUCUAGACCUAUAUAACAUUAGGGUUUUUUCCUCUCUAAAUGCAGGUAAUUUGGUUCUCCAGUGGACUGAGCCCACAGAAUUUUCCACCCAAAAAGAGUUGGUUCUUAAUAGAAUUGCAUUGAAUUGUUUAAUAUCAAUGGUUCAAAAGCACACUUAUUAAUUCUUCUAUUUUAAAAUGUCACAAACUAUGUUCCCGAUAUCCCAGGGUUUAGUAAAUUUUACAAUCUCUAAUGAUUCCCUGCACUUGCAAAGGAGGCUUGAUAUAUUAGUUCUGAUUCCAUCCCUUCAAUGAUCAAAGGCAAAAUAAUCACGUUUGUGUAAAUAGUAGCACAGAAGCAAUAAUUUGUGAUUUUGGCAUAUCCAAUUUGUCUUUUCUAAAGUUUUGAUUACAAGUGUUAAGAUUAGUUUCUGAUGCUCUUUACCAUAAAGUAGUUGGUGUUUAUAAUAAGGUGUUUAUAAUACUUGUUUGGUUUUAAGUAGGACUAUGAAUAACUUUUGAAUACACUAAAUAACCAGUAUUUGAGUUUUUGUGCAUUAGGAGUAGGGUUGGUGUUUAACAUUAAGGAAGUAAGCAAAUUAUCUUUGAAUACCAAUUUCAUAGUGCUCUUUUAUAUGCUUAAAUACUUUGCUUAUUUCUUGAAGGUAUAAACAGUGAAUACUUGUUGCCUUGUGAAAUGAGAAAUGAAUUGCUAUGGCUAAGUGCUUCAAGGAUGUAUUUAGUGGAGAUAAUGUGCAAUCCCUGCUGUUGAAGUUAUGGCAAUAGUAAUUUAGGUACAAUAAUAAAUUAUUCCAAUUUGGUUUGAGGGCAAUUGUUCAAUUUCAUAUAGCCAAAGAUCAAAAUGUGAAACUUUCAUUGUUCUUAUGCUAAAAUAUAUUUUUAAUGACAUCAAUAAAGAGACCGCACGGUUAAAAUUGUGUGUUACAAAUCAAA